UCACCUCAAAAUCAAUUCUACUAGUUUCUUUUGUAAUAUUUGUGGGGAAAAAAAAUUAAAUGGCUCUUACAGGAAAAUUGGUUUCCCAAAUAGAUAUUAAAUCCGAUGGGGACGUUUUCCAUGAAAUCUUUAGAGAGAGACCUCAUCAUAUAUCGGGCAUGAGCCCUGCUAACAUUCAGAAAUGUGAUUUGCACCAGGGUCAGUGGGGGACGGUUGGCUCUGUCAUCUUCUGGAACUACACCCAUGAUGGUAAAGCCCGGGUUGCGAAAGAGAUAAUUGAAGCAAUAGACGAGGAAAAGAAGUCUGUGACCUUCAAGGUCAUCGAAGGAGACCUCAUGGACUUAUACAACAACUUCAAAUUAACUGUCCAUGUUGACACCAAUGGAAAUAACAACUUGGUAACAUGGACUUUGGAGUACGAGAAGAAGGACGAGAAUGUCCCAGAUCCCAACACAUUAAUGGACCUCUGCCUUGCUGUUACUAAAGAUAUUGAGAGUCACCAUCUUUCCAAGCCCAAUUAAAAAGAUCUAAACAAUCAUGGAAUGAUCCCAUUGUUUGGGAUUUCUAUAAUAAUAUUAUGCAUUGGUGAAUAAACAAGGGGUUUGGUAAAGUCUGUCUCUAGAAAUCUCUGAGUUUGUUGUUCUUGUUCUUAUUAUUGUUAUUGUUACUGGACAUAAUAAAAUGUAAAAAUAGUAUUAAAAUGUUCAUCUUUUUUAUGUACUC